GUACGAUUGAAUGUCCUCAUUGGAAUUUACUGUGUGAUGGGCCGUCACUCUGGAUCGAGUGAUGGCAUUAUUAUUAAUUUUUCUUACAAAAAGAUUAAUCUCGAGUAUUAAAGGUUUUAUCUGGUUUCUCUCAAGAUUAGCACCAUAAUUUGACAGGGACAGAAUGCCAGUCACCGAAUCAGGAAGUUGCGCACCAGAUACGAAAUAGUGGCUACAACCACAUUAACAAGUGCGCCUAUUGGCAUUGCUGCCAUGACCCGCCGCAAAAAAGGCAGAAUUCAAGCCAGUAUAAAUUUUGGCCAAUGCAAUCGAGUGAACAAAGCAAUUUGCUUAGCAUAUAUUAUUUGAGUAUAGUUUUGCAGCGAAAUUUGUAGAAUUCUGUAUCAUAGAUGUCAAAGAUGCUUUUGAAAGAUUGCAUAUACUGAAGAAUCUUGCGUGUUUGGUUCUUUUGGCAUAUAUACCGAACGCAGUUUCACCAGAACGCUCUGUUAUAAGUUUAUUCGCUAAAAUUAGGGGCGAAAUAACUAGCAGGUCCAAUAUUAGGCGAAUUUUUUAUGCGUGAAUGGCAGGGGCAGAGCACCAAUGUUGCGGGGUUACUUUCUGGAUAUAUAUUUUGAUAAUUGUAGGGCUCGUUUUGUUUGCGGGUUUGAUGUCUGGUCUAACGCUCGGCUUAAUGUCGCUCGGAUUGGUUGACUUGGAAGUGCUGAUCAAAUCCGGGACGGAAAAAGAUCGAAAACAUGCUGCAAAGAUAUUACCUGUGGUCAAGAAUCAGCAUUUGCUACUUUGCACCCUAUUGAUUGGAAAUUCUAUGGCCAUGGAGGCUCUGCCAAUUUUUCUUGAUUCACUGGUCCCUGCAUGGGGGGCAGUUUUGAUAUCUGUUACACUGAUUCUAAUGUUUGGAGAGAUCCUUCCUCAAGCUGUUUGUUCUCGCUAUGGCCUGGCAGUUGGAGCAGCAGUGGCACCAGUUGUUCGUGUGUUGCUAUUGGCAUUCUUUCCAGUUGCAUACCCAAUCAGUAAGCUUUUGGACUUGGCGCUCGGGAAAGAUCGUAUUGUUCUUUUACGCAGGGCAGAGUUGAAGACACUUGUGGAUAUGCAUGGAAAUGAGGCUGGGAAAGGAGGAGAGUUAACACGUGAUGAGACAAUGAUAAUUGGAGGGGCUUUGGAAUUGACGCAAAAAACUGCAUUGCAUGCUAUGACUCCGAUUUCUAAAGCUUUUUCUCUUGAUGUGAAUGCACAACUUGAUAUGCAUACAAUGAAUUUAAUAAUGUCGAAAGGGCAUAGUCGAGUUCCCAUAUACUCUGGUGCUCCAACUAACAUUAUUGGCCUCAUUUUGGUGAAAAACUUGCUCACUAUUCGCCCUGAAGAUGAUACAUACAUAAAAGAUGUGACCAUUCGGAAAAUUCCCAGAGUUCGAGAUCAUAUGCCUCUUUACGAUAUUCUCAAUGAGUUUCAGAAAGGUCAUAGCCACAUAGCUGUUGUUGUGAAAUACAGCAAGGAAAGAAAGGAGACUCUUAACAGAAAUAAAAUUAUGAAGGGUUUGGCAGAUAGGAGACUGAGAAACAAGAGGCAUAAUAGACGAUCUGUUACUGGUCACCAUGAUUCAAAGACCACUAUUAUAGAUAUUUCUGAUGGUGUUAGACAGGAGGUGUUGAUAAGCAAUGCUCAAGGAUUAAGAAUGGAAGGAGAUGCACAAGGAGGGGAGCAGAUUCCCAUUACCCCUAGAUCCAAGAAGCGGGACAGAAUUGGCUCUGAAGAUAUUCUAGAUAUUAGUUCAGAUUCACUUCCAAGCUUCCGUGAUGAUGAGGAAGUUGUGGGUAUUAUAACAAUGGAAGAUGUGAUUGAAGAACUUCUACAGGAAGAGAUAUUAGAUGAAACAGAUGAAUACAUUGAUGUUCAUAAUAAGAUAAAAGUUAAUAUGCUUGCAUCAGGAAGUACAUCUGUAUCCUCUUCUCUUCAGCCAACUCCUAUAUUGAAGUCUCCCAUUUCACCUCAUCGUCAAGCACCUGGGUCAACAUCAACAUUACCACUCUCUUCACGUACUUCAUUGCUAGGUUCACAAAAAUUUUCAACAUGAGAGUGGUUCAAACAAUGUCAUUUCUCUCCUCCAGAAUCAAGGGAACACAAUACAAGGUUCAACAAGUCAAAAACAGUAGAUGGUAUCUUUAACUGCUAUAUGGAAUCCAAAAUUUAUGUAUUCAUAACUAUUUGGAAUAAGCAUUUGAAAAUUUAUUCAAUAUAGUAUGAUACUGCCAGUAGUCAUUUCUUUCUUCGGUGUCAGUAGUUUGACUCUGUUCAUGGCAGUCAUGAAUUUUAAAUGUGCCGGCUGUCAGAAACUUACUUAGCCUUGAAGUUAAAAUAACUUUUAUAUUUGUCAAGUUACUUCCUUUGGAGAAAAAAAAUCAUAUAGAAGCAGAUAUAAGCUUGUCAGCAAAUAUGGAGAGCUUCCUACCUACUAAAACUCUAAAAUAGAAUUUUUUUUUGUUGAAACUAAAAUGCUACUUAGAUAGCUUUUUUUGUUGAAACUAUAAUGCUAUCUUAUUAUUCCGAAUGUGAAUGUCAAAUGUAUGAAUGACAUUAGUAGUUGCAUCUAAUCUUGAGAUGGUUAUUUGAACCCUGCUAAUGAAAACAAUGCUUUCUUGUA